AUGACCGAGUACACAAUAACACAAGAUAGCAGUUGCAGUGUAUACAUGUGCACCGAGACUAGCAUCUUGCCACUCAUUGCUUCACUGGUUAGUAACAGCUCUGGCCAGACAGCAAUGAUGCAACUCUCCCACAUAAGGUAUAGCUGUCCAGAGCUCUUCAGUAGCAACCAUCAAGUCAAGAGAGCCUUUAUAAGUGCGGAAAAAAAGAUGAUUCAUGACAUCAUGGGAACAUCCCGGCCUGAGCCUGGAGGCUUUGUUUACUACAACCUGAAAGACUUUUCUAUGAAUGUGUACAACAUCAGUGAGGCUGACCUCAACUCCAUAAACUCCAGGAUCCAGCUAAAAGCCCCACAGCUGCUGCCUGAAAACAAGUCAUACAUCCCUGACGUUUGGCUGCCUGCGUAUGCCCUUCGCAACAUCCCAAAGGAGAAGAGGAUCAUUGGUUUGGUCAGCUACAUGCAACACAGCCAGUUCCAAUUUAAACAGGAGGAAAUCUCAUCGAUGGUUCUCAGGAUAGAGCUACUGGGCGAACAACAACUUCAUAAUCUGAUGACACCAAUCAAGAUGACUUUCGGAAUUCCUCCACACACAGAUGUGGAAAGUCUAAUUAAGCUUAAUGAAUCAUUACAGUGUCACUAUUUUGAUGAAAAUGAGUGGCUCUGGAAAACAGAUGGAUGUGAGACCAAUGGUAACCAGACUGAGAUCAUUUGCAGCUGUGACCAUGCAACACCAUUUGCUGUCCUACUGAUGAGACAGCCAAUUGCAGAAAUCCACUGGAAAAUCCUGUCAUACAUCAGUUACAUAGGCUGUGGCCUGUCUGCAUUCUUCACUGCUUUGUCCCUGGUGAUAUAUGUCUUCAGUCGAAAUCACAAACUGGAUUACUCCAUCUCUAUCCACGUUUCUCUGAGCGGGGCCUUGUUUCUGCUCAACUCAACCUUCCUGCUGACCGAGUGGGGGCCCAAAGUGAAGCUGGACUGGGUGUGCGUGUUUAUCGCUGCUUUCAUGCAUUACGCUUUGCUCUGCUGUUUCACCUGGAUGGCCAUAGAGGCACUUCACCUCUAUCUACUGCUGAUAAAGGUGUUUAACACCUACUUCAAACACUACCUGGUCAAACUGUCUCUUGCUGGAUGGGGGAUCCCCGGUGUAAUCGUAGCAGUCUCUUUGGGAGUGAAGGACUUCAAACAGUUUUACGGAGUUACACAAAUGACCAUGGCUGAUACUAACCAAACUAACGCCAUCUGCUGGAUCACUGAUGACUCCUUCUUCUACUCCUUGAACCUGGUGUAUUUCACCCUUAUAUUCAUCUUCAACUCUGGCAUAUUGAUAGCAGUGGCCUCUAACAUCUGCAAGAUGAAACAAGUGUUCAGGAACAAGUCCAAGCUUGGAGUGCAGGCUGAUGGAGAGACAUGGAAUGACUCGAGGUUCAGUGAGUCCUGCAGGAGUGGCCUCACUGUGAUGGGUCUUACCUGCCUGAUGGGGACCACCUGGGGCCUGGCCUUCCUGGGCUCAGGAUAUGUCAACUACCCCAUCCUCUACCUCUUCUGCAUCCUCAACUCCACACAAGGUUUCUUUAUUUUCCUGUGGAUCUGCCUGUCGGCCAAGAAGCAGAGGAAGAGAGACAUGGAGGACAAACUGUCCUCUACUCCUGUGAAGUCUUCAGAAGUCAAAUUUGAUUAGACUCCCUUUGCUGCCAUUAGUCCUGAUGAUAAAGGCCUGAUGUAAUCACUGAUAGCAUAGCUGUGCUGGUAAUCCCCAUGUAACCACAGAAACUCCCAUAUGUAACCCUGUUUGAAAUGUCCUUAAACUGUAAAACACUUUUAUCUGUAACUUUAUUAUUAACCUCAC